CCCACGUGCUUUGCUCACUUCAUUCUCUCUCUCUCUCUCUCUUUUCACAACAGCUGCGACAACCAACCAAACAGCAAACACAAGAGAUGGCCUUCGGUGGUGGACGUGGAGGCGGCCGUGGUGGCGGCCGUGGUGGUGGACGCGGUGGCUUCCGUGGCGGCCGUGGUGGCGGUCGUGGCGGUGGACGCGGCGGCGGUCGUGGCGGCUUCCGUGGUGGUCGCGGCGGUGGUCGUGGUGGUGGUCGCGGUGGCGGUCGUGGUCGUGGUGGUGGUCGCGGACGCGGUGGACGUGGUGGAGGCCGUGGCGGAGGCCGUGGCGGAGGCUCGAAGCAGGUCAUGGUUGAGCCCCAUCGCCAUCCUGGCAUCUUCGUUGCACGUGGCGGAAAGGAGGAUCUCCUGGUGACACGCAACACGGUCCCUGGCGAGUCUGUUUACGGCGAGAAGCGCAUCUCCGUGGAGACGCCUGAUGCCGAGGGCACGGGCACAGAGAAGGUCGAGUACCGCGUGUGGAACCCCUUCAGGAGCAAGCUGGCCGCCUCCGUCCUCGGUGGCGUGGCCAACAUUCACAUGGAGCCUGGCUCGAAGGUGCUGUAUCUCGGUGCCGCCUCUGGCACCACCGUGUCACACGUCGCAGACAUUGUUGGCAAGGAUGGUCUCGUGUACGCCGUCGAGUUCUCGCACCGCGCUGGCCGCGAUCUCAUCAACAUGGCAAAGCGGCGCACAAACGUCAUCCCCAUCAUCGAGGAUGCCCGUCACCCACACAAGUACCGCAUGCUCGUCCCCAUGGUCGACUGCAUCUUUGCAGAUGUCGCACAACCAGAUCAGGUGCGUAUUGUUGCGUUGAACGCCGACUUCUUCCUGAAGAACGGUGGCCACUUUGUGAUUAGCAUCAAGGCGAGCUGCAUCGACUCGACUGCGCCGCCCGCUGCUGUGUUCGCGUCUGAGGUAUCAAAGAUGAAGCGCUUGCAGAUGAAGCCCAAAGAACAGCUCAGCUUGGAGCCCUAUGAGCGUGAUCACGCUGUCGUCGUUGGCACGUACAGGCCGCAAAAGAAGAAAUGAUUCCUGUCACCCACCUCCAAGCAUAGUUGACUCUCUCGUGUCUUGUGGUUACCUGUCUAAGAUUUUCCCUGUCAUUACAUUAAACUUUGAUUUGAGAAA